CAAUCUAUGCUUCACAGUAGUAUAUAUUUUGUAUAUCGAAGUCCUAGAUAGGAAAGUAGAGUAGGCACAGAUCCUCCACAAAAGGCAAAAUGUAUAUGAAAAAAAAGAUUGAUUGAACUUUCCAAUGGACUCAUUCCAUGAGUAAACGAUUGAAUGGGAUUCGCUUGGGCAACGAAAUCAAGUCCUGGUCCCCUUUUCUCUCUUAUUGAAUUAACUAAUUCAUUUCCUUUUUACUUUUGGAUUUUUUUUGAUUUGAUUUGGCAUUAUUCAACAAUAAAAAAAGAAAAAUUUCGACAAAUUCCUUUUUUUAAUUAUGUGAUAAUUAUGAGAACCAAUCCUACUACUUCUCCUCCCGGGGUUUCCACAAUUGAAGAAAAAAGUACAGGUCGUAUCGAUCAAAUUAUUGGACCCGUGCUGGAUGUCACUUUUCCCCCAGGCAAGUUACCUUAUAUUUAUAACGCUUUGGUAGUCCAGAGUAGAGACACUGCCGAUAAGCAAAUUAAUGUGACUUGUGAGGUACAACAAUUAUUAGGAAAUAAUCGAGUUAGAGCUGUAGCUAUGAGUGCUACGGACGGGUUGAUGAGAGGAAUGGAAGUGAUUGACACGGGAGCUCCUCUCAGUGUUCCGGUCGGUGGAGCUACUCUCGGACGAAUUUUCAACGUUCUUGGGGAGCCUGUUGACAAUUUGGGUCCUGUAGAUAGUAGUGCAACGUUCCCUAUUCAUAGCUCUGCGCCUGCCUUUAUCGAGUUAGAUACGAAAUUAUCCAUCUUUGAAACAGGUAUUAAGGUCGUCGAUCUUUUAGCUCCUUAUCGACGUGGAGGAAAAAUAGGACUAUUUGGGGGGGCUGGAGUAGGUAAAACAGUACUGAUCAUGGAAUUAAUCAAUAACAUUGCUAAAGCUCAUGGGGGCGUAUCCGUAUUCGGUGGAGUAGGGGAACGGACUCGUGAAGGAAAUGAUCUUUAUAUGGAAAUGAAGGAAUCCGGAGUAAUUAAUGAAAAAAAUAUUGAGGAAUCAAAGGUAGCUCUAGUCUAUGGCCAAAUGAAUGAACCACCGGGAGCUCGUAUGAGAGUUGGUUUAACUGCCCUAACUAUGGCGGAAUAUUUCCGAGAUGUUAAUAAGCAAGACGUGCUUUUAUUUAUCGAUAAUAUCUUUCGUUUUGUUCAAGCAGGAUCAGAGGUAUCCGCUUUAUUAGGGAGAAUGCCCUCCGCAGUGGGUUAUCAACCUACUCUUAGUACAGAAAUGGGUUCUUUGCAAGAAAGAAUUGCUUCUACUAAAAAGGGAUCUAUAACUUCGAUUCAAGCAGUUUAUGUACCUGCAGACGAUUUGACCGACCCUGCCCCUGCCACAACAUUUGCACAUUUGGAUGCUACUACCGUACUUUCCAGAGGAUUAGCUUCCAAGGGUAUUUAUCCAGCAGUAGAUCCUUUAGAUUCAACCUCGACUAUGUUACAGCCUCGGAUCGUUGGCAACGAACAUUAUGAAACUGCGCAAAGAGUUAAGGAAACUUUACAACGUUACAAAGAACUUCAGGACAUUAUCGCAAUUCUUGGCUUGGAUGAAUUAUCGGAAGAGGAUCGUUUAACUGUAGCAAGAGCAAGAAAAAUUGAGCGUUUCUUAUCACAACCGUUCUUUGUGGCAGAAGUUUUUACUGGUUCUCCAGGAAAGUAUGUUGCUCUUGCGGAAACUAUUAGGGGAUUUCAACUAAUCCUUUCCGGAGAAUUAGACGGCCUACCUGAACAGGCUUUUUAUUUGGUGGGUAACAUCGAUGAAGCUAGCACGAAAGCUAUAACCUUAGAAGAGGAGAACAAAUCGAAGAAAUGAAAUUAAAUCUUUAUGUACUGACUCCUAAGCGAAUUAUUUGGGAUUGUGAAGUGAAAGAAAUCAUUUUAUCCACUAAUAGUGGCCAAAUUGGCGUAUUACCAAACCACGCCCCCAUUAA